CCCUAAUUAUGUUUCAACAAAGCACAGCCCCUGCCACUGCUUUCGUGAUACCGCCGUAUUAAAGGCAGCUGUCGGCCUGCCAAGCUGUCUCCAGGGCAGCCAAGCAGUCGCAGAGGCCGGGCUCAAACGCCGUCGUCGCACCCAGACACCAGGUCGCUGGCUUGCAAAAUCCCCGUUUACGGUGGAACAAGCUCAUGAUAGACUUGUGGUAAUAUGGGGAUCUUAUUAUUUACAUAAGAUCGCCCACUGUCCCGUUCCACCCGCUCUUCGUCACACAUCCAACUCUUGUCCAUUAUUUCCUAUCUUUCACUUCUUACCAUACAUACCUCCGCAGCAGCGCUGCCUUUUAUUUCUUAUCUCUCCCCAGUUCAGUCCACCAUUCACGUUCGUCAUCUAAUAACCUUCGCCCUUGGACAUCGUCCAUUCGCCAAAGAAACAUGCGCUUCUCCCUCACUCUCACCACCGUCUUUGCCGCGCUCGCCGUGGCAGCGCCUACUAAGGUCAAGCGCGGUGUUUUCACGCAGCAGACCUAUGACGAUAUCUCCAUCUCAGGCGGCGUGGCUGGUAACGCCGAGUCGGAAGCGUUGUCCGUCUUCUCCGCGCUAGACCUGACCGACCUUGCCAGUGCCGACAAGGCCGACGUCGACUUCCUGAAGUCGGUGAACUCCAUCUGCAACGACGCCGAGACAGAGGUGUUCAACCCGGCCAUCAAGACAGCCACGGGCGAGGAGAAGGACGCGCUGCAGCGGGGCAAGAUCAAGAACAAGGUCCUCAAGCUGGAGGCCACCAUGAUCCGCCUCAUGAUCGAGCAGGCACAGGGCAAGGACGUUGCCGACAAGAUCGCCGCCGAGCAAAAGAAGCUCAACAACAACAUCUCGCAGGACGAGGAGGCGGCCGGAAAGAAGUCGACGUUCCUUUCUUUCGAUGCUGCCACCGCAUAGUCUCUGGGCAGAGGACAAUGGGGACUGGACAAUUAGACUAGAGAAUAUGGCUGAACUGAAGGAGGGGGGCCAACUGCAAGGAUAGCAAUGGUGGAGAAAUGGGAACGCGGGUCGACCGUGUCUUGCACGCUUCCGGACCAGGAGAUUAUCUUCUAGGACCAAACCCAGAAAUCGGAAUCGUGAGAUUAUAAUUAAGGCAAGGAGCCAGC